ACUAUUCCUUCUUGUCCCUGCAGUCUUUCCGUUGCCCAAACUCGCUACUGUUGUUGCUUUGACAUAUAGAUAAUUGGUGAGGGGCUGUAAAAUCAUUGAUCGUUCAGUAUGGAUCUGCAUCAUCCGUACUUGAUCGGUGAUUGCCUUAUUCAUAUUUUUACAUUCCUGACCGAGGAAGAUUUAAUCAGUGCCUCAAGUGUGUGUAAGGCUUGGCAUGAAGCUGCAGAGACUCCGUGGUUAUGGAGGAGGAUGUGUCUGCAGCGCUGGAGUUUCUGUAACCUUGCAGUGUUGGGGAGUGAACAGGUGAGUCACUCAUGGAAGAGUUACUUUUUGCGACGUUGCCAUUUAGAGAUGAAGAUGACAAAAGGCACAACAGGAGGUUACAUCUGCAAAAGCCUCAGAGGUCACACAGGCAGCGUGGUAGGCUUGGUGUACCUGCAGGGGAAUUCAGCUCAACUUCCUGACCUCUGGAACAGCAGUGCCAUAGUCUGCAGUGCUUCAACUGAUGGUACAGUCCGAGCAUGGAAUAUCCAAAAUGGUGAGCUCCUGUGGUGCAGUCCUGUGCAGAGUCCUUUGACAGGGCUUGUAAGUGAUGAAAAGCGUGAAGUUGUGAUCACAGCAGACUCCACAGGCCUCAUCAAGAUCUGGCAGUGUCAGACUGGCCAGGAGGUGGCCUCCUUUUCUACUGCAUCUCCAUAUUGUACCUUACUACAGUACAAUAUCAGCAAUGACUGGUUUCUUUCUGUAGGAACCAGUCAGGGAUCUGUGUGUACACUAGCUGGCUCAGCUUUGACUAAAAAGUCCAGCAUAAUGGUGUGUGACAGCUUUAACGUCAACGUACUCAUAGUUUCACCUGACAAGAAAUGGAUCACAGCUGGAACCAAGAACAAUGAUGAUUUAAGUCCAAAGGUGAUUUUCACAGAGAGUUUGACCUCUCCCUCUGAGGACGAAGAUCCUCUGUGCCAGUCAGUACCAGUCACUGGAUGCCAGGCUGCUGUCUUCAUACCCACUCAGCCUGCCAGACUGGCCAUCAUUCAUUGCAACGGGCGCCCAAACAACAAAGCCCUCACUGUCUUUGAUGUCAGCAUUAAAAAGGCUAAGUACAAGUCAGAGAUCCAGGUCCAGCAGGUGGAGUCCUUCCCCCUGACAAUGGACAGCAUGUCCUCACACAUCCUUCUAGAGGCCAAAGACAGCAACUGCAUAGUGUUGGCAGCUGACCAGCAGCUCUGGGUUUACUCUCUGAAAGGUGCCCUGCUUGCAAGCUUCAAAGAUCAUGCUAUGCCUAUUUCCGCUAUAUGUGUGGAUAGCUUUCGUGUGGUGACAGCCUCUCGGGAUCUCUCCUUGCGAGUGCUGACAUGGAGAAAGGACAGAAGCGAUGGGUUGACACUGGAGAGCCAGUACCACUUACUGGGAGGCUCUCACACAAUGUCCAGAGGGUUCACUCAUGUCUCCUGUGACUACUCAAGCAUCGUGGCCUCAGCAGAAGGGAAAGAUGGGAAAGACGUCUUGAAAGCUUAUUCUUUCACCUCCUGAGCAUCGCCACCCCACAAGAAAAAGUGUCUGCAUGCAGUUUGCACCACCCGUUGUAAGGAAGAACAUUUGCUUUUAUUAUGAAGUGUUCAUCAUAUGUGCUUACAUUAUGUCUUUAUCUAUGUUUACAAAAAAGAGAAUGUAUUAAAGAUAAUAAACACUGUUAUGGGAAAGGCAUUGAUACACUGUGUGAUACAACAUGUUUGUUAAUAAAUUAGAAAUCUGUGCAGGUAUAAGAAUGUUUUUAACUAUGCUUUUGGAGCCGAGUCAUAUCAGUGUUGAUUGUGACCAGUCUUAAGGCAUAUCGCAAAAAAUAUUCUGGCCACCUGUUCUUUAAUAUGAUACCCCCACUCAUUACUGAGGUAAAUAAUACUCAGGCCUGUAAGUUGUGUAUUGGUGACAAUAAACUAUGUUCCAUAAAUGUUUAUUUUUA